CAGAUUUUACAUGUUUUGGGUUCACCCUCGGAUGAAUUCAGCUUCAAGUUAACCAUGCUGUACGGAGGUUCGUUUCCCGAAGAAAUGCAGUCCCCAAAACAUGAUUAUUGUUUUGUUUACGCCCUCGUGAGGCCAGCUGGUUCCUGGUCAUUUGCGGAAAGACUGUCUGAUAUUGUGGAUUUGACAAAAUUGGAGGAAAGAGAAAACAGUCUCAAGAAGAUGGACAUCACUGCCGCCUUGCAGCACAUUAAACAUGUGAUACAACCAGAUAUGGCUCUACUCCAUUUUGUUUGUUUAAAAGGAAUGACAACUUACAGGUCAGAUCUCUUACAAAAGGGUUUUUUAGGUUUCAAUUUGAUGUAGUUUUUCUCGUCUGGUUUUAAUGACGAACUCAUUUUGCGAGUUCUUGUAAAUAAACUAUUCUCAUGUUUUGCGCGGACCAACUUAGUUUACGCGAAUUGAAUCCUUUGUUUUGCCACCAAAUGUUAAAUCCUUGACGUCUGUUGAUGAUCUUGCGCACUGUUCUAUGCCAUUGUCAAAGGGCACACUCUGAUUCUUUGGAUAUUGCAAAAGUGGUAAGUAAAUAGAUCUCUUUCAGAAUAGCGCGCAUGAUUUUCAUUCAUUGUGUGUAUACAAAUUAGCCUUGAUGGCCUCGCAUUUGAAUGAGAAUUUCAUGCGUAUAGAAAUAUUGUGGAGAACUGAAAGGCAACCUUACACAAACCAAAGAGAAUGAUAACUUAACUAGUUUCCGCCAUACAAUACAGAGAUCUCUUAUCUUUAAUACUGACAGAGGCUUUUCGUUUUCCUAUCCACAGGGCACUCUUUGAUGCAUUGGAUAUUCCAUUAGUAGGUGGAUCAGUGGAAUCACGAUAUCUUUCCAUGGACAAACUAACCACACGCGGUGUUUUAGUUUCUUACGGCGAUGUUUCCUGUCCUGAUGGAUUUAUUUACCACAAAGGUACAAGCGACAUUCUUGUAAAGGAAAACUAUAUUUGUUUUUGAACUCCCUCUCAAGCUCCUGUACUUUGUGUGAAAUAUAAAACAUGAGGUUGGCUAAAAAAAAAGUUCACAAUACUGAGUAGUUUAAAAUAUUGAAAGCAAAGUUAUAGAAAAGAGAACAGUUUCAAAUUGGAAAAAAAUGAAAGGGAUUUAUUUCGGGGUAAAAUGACAAAUUGCGCCCAACUUAUACCUUACCAAGUCUACCCUCUCUUGAUAGCACCACUGCUAAUUAAAAAAGUAGUUGUAUUAGUUUGUUUCAAUUUUACACCGUUUUACUAUGACACAACGAGGCUUUGUUGACGCCAGUAACUCACCAUCGACUAAUGUAAAAAAACAUAAUUAGGAAUUUAAAUCGGAUUGACUUUAAGAUUUAUUUUGCCAUAGGUGACCCGCUAGAAUGUGAACGCGUUACGUAUCCAUGUGUUGUUAAAGCAAGUAAAGGAGAAGACACCAAAGCGGUGCGAUUCGUGAAAGACUCCAAGGUGCUCAACGCAGCUAUUGAGCAUGCGUUAUCGUAUUCAGAUCAUGUGAUCAUUGAAAGGUAGGCAUUACUGUUAAGUAAGUGUAGAAGUCGAGGAAGCGUCUACAAGUGAACAUGGUUUGGCUGUCAGUUUUGACCGUGAUGAUAUUGAUAUGCCGAUAAGCCAAGUUGUUGUCAAGCUUAUAUGCGAAUGAAACUGGAGGCCGGAUCCCAAAUCAGAUGAAUCUGAUUUGCCGAUGAAAGCAUUUGUUUAAAUACAUAGAAUCAUUCAAAAACUUGUGUAGAUUUGACUGUAAGUAACUCAAAAUACGAGGAAACCUGUUUAUUCACAGACGUCUCGAGAAAAAUUUGUGCAUCUCCGAAAGAGCCUAGAAGCCUAACUUCGGUAGCUCUUAGAUCAGAUGGUUCUCAGUGAGGUUUGAGACAUGUAUGAAUUUAAAGAAAGCAAUUUUUAAUUGCUUGUCGAAAGUGAUCCGAGCUGACCUAGCUUUUUUCUUAAGUGUGCUUUGUGAUUGGUGAAAAUAAUCGUACCACCUUCUCGACCAAUCAAAUGGUAGAGCGAAACCAAUCCCGACGUGAUCAUUCGCAUUCUCCCAUGGAAAUGGCUUGAAUUGUUAAAAAGAAACAAAGGGUCAGUCUGAAGUAAGCGGUAAGUUCUGGCGGGAUACCAAGACAACAAGAUAACAGGAGGCUGCAAAACCUAUUAGUGCACUAAGCAGGCCUUAGAACGUUUAAACAAGCUAUUUUAGGAAUGCAAACUCAUGGGGCUUUCCUAACGUACUAGAUUACUUUAUCAUUAUAAUUCGACCCCUCCUUUGUAUUCAUUGAAGUGGGGCCACACACCUUGGUUAGAGACUAUGUGUAAUUUUGCAGCCUUAUAACGUUUUUCAAUUAAAAAAGUUAAUCCUAUUCAACGAUUUAUUACUUUGUUUCUUCUUAUAUUUUUCGGCAGGUACGUAGAGGGACGGGAAAUUCGCUGCGCUGUUGUUAAAUCUGCAGCAACUGGAGAAUUAAAAGCUUUGUCGUGCAUCGAGUAUAAAGUACGAGAAAAUGACAUUCGAAGAACCGAAGACAAGCUCGACUGCAAUGAAAAAGGAUUACCUGUUGGUAAGUACUGUAGAUAUAUGUCCUUAAUUUUAUCAACAACACCGGUAUUACCAUAUGUGUUACGAAGCCACAUUUUCAGAGCACAUUUUCAAGUUAAUUGGGUUCCUAGCUCAGAAAUUUUUUAAAUCCCAAAUAGAGGUUUUUGUCACGUGAUCCCACAUCAAUCGUACCUACGCCGCUAUUUUGCAUACUAGGUAAAAACGACAUGGCGGCUGUCGAAGGCGAUCGCGUGCAAUUUUUACGAAGUUAUUGCGAUUUACUCAACGCCGAGAACAAAAAUAAUAAAAAAAAUUGCGAGAGGCUUAAACGUUCUGCAGGACUAGAUCCCUACUCUGUCAGUGCCAACUUUUUCUCUCGAUCGAUGGAUAAAUGGCCGGAGGUCGAGUUUCCUGAUAUGGUAAAGGAACACUUCAAAGCCUACAAAUGUCUUCAGUCCUACCAAAACUUCGUUGUUGAUUGUGUGAGAAGUAUCUUGUGGGAGAGGCGACCCCAAGUUAUAAAUGCCUUGCCAGAUGAUGGCAGCAAAAAAAAAAUUAAUCUACAAAACUCGGCUUCGUCUCGACUCGUCAGCUUCAAACUAAGGCUUUGAGAGGACUGCGUUUCCAGUAACCUGUAAUUCCUUUUGAGUUUUCCAAGUACUUUUUGUCUUGCAUAGAAAGGUCUGUUUGAAUUUCAAUAGAUACGGACUUGGUCGUCGUAUUUCUCUUUUAACAGAUAAGCUCAGAUACGUCAAAAUGAAUGUUUUUCCUUGCAGUUUUCCUCAGUUCCUACGCUCUGACUUUCUGUUUGUUGGAAAAGUUCUUGCACAAGUUUUCCUUUCUUCUUCCACCUUUCUUUUGCUUGCUUUUUUUGUUCAAGUGAAGAUUGCGAACUUGGCUUUAGGACAGAACUCGAGUGAAUAUUAUAGAGGCAGGCUAAAUAUUUAUCUCUCUUUAGAUUGAGCAAUCCUCUGAGACUUCUCGGUUACUAUUGUCUCACGUUUUAAUUGCUGCUUUUCGCUUAAAAAUCAGCCAAUAGUCGUCAAGUAUCUUCGAAAACACUCUUGAUACUUUUUAAGGGAAAAAGUUUUCAACAAGAAGUUGUUAAAAAUUUGCUUGUUUCUGUGUUUGUUUUCAUUCUAGGUGAAUCUCCAGAAACUAAAACUUGGUUCCUUGAUCCCAGAAAAGAGGAGAAGCUGAUUCAUCGUAUUCAACAACAAAGUUGCCGAGCUUUUCGAGAGUUAGGUUUACAGGAUUUUGGUGUAUUCGACUUCCGAGUAGACGUUGAAGGAAAUCCAUUCUUCCUAGAAUGCAAUUUAUGCUGUUCCUUUGGUCCACGGAGCGUUGUUAAUAUAGUCGCCAAGGAUUCAGGUUUUACAGAUGAAAGUUUGUUUGACAUGAUGGUGGAGAAUACUUUGCUGCGCAAGCGUAAACAAGAGAAUAACAAUUUUAAUCUGUGA